GAAUCCUCACUGAAUCGCAUCUUUUGAAUUAUAGCAGACACUCGGUUGCUUGACCAAAUUUAAAAAUACAAUACAAUUCCCGAACCCGGAGUUCUUAUCGGACUCCCUACAGCGAUUCAAAACAUCCAACCAGCAUACAACUUGUGGACUUUUUUUCAAGAUUAAAGCGCUGAAACCUGAACUCCAGUAUCGUGCUAUGGCUGAAGACAGAGAGCUGAGUCCAGUGGGGGGAGGCGCUUGCUCAUCCGGCCGUCUGUGCCGACAGACCUAUAGAAGUUCAGCCUAUUUUCACAGCCUCCUUGGUGGCCUGCUGGAUGUCAGACAGAGUGGCAUCCUGUUUGAUGUGGUGCUGCUGGUGGAGGGUCGACCCAUCCAAGCCCACCGUAUACUCCUGGCAGCCUCUUGUGAUUAUUUUAGGGGGAUGUUUGCUGGAGGCCUUCAGGAAACACAGCAAAAGGAGAUCCCAAUCCCUGGUGUGUCCUACAUGGCCAUGGAAAAAAUACUUGACUACAUCUACACCUCAGAGAUUGAGUUAGACCUGGAGUGUGUUAAGGAAGUCCUCAGAGCUGCCACACUUGUACAGCUGGAGAGUGUCAUUGGCUUCUGCUGUGAAUUCCUCUUCGUCUGGCUGGAUGAGGGCAACAUUUUAGAGGUGCAUGCUCUGGCUGAUCUCUAUGGACUGCAGCAGCUCCACGCCAGGGUCCACUCCUACAUCCUCAGGAACAUUCAGACCUUGUCCCUAACCGACGUGUACCGACAGCUGCCACAAGACGAAGUCUUCAGAGCGCUGAGCAGUGACGAGCUUCAGGUGAACAGUGAGAACGAGGUGUACGAGGCGGCACUUCACUACCACUUCAGUCCUGAACAGGUGGAAACUGACCAGGUAUACUUGCAGUUGCCUGGCUUAAAGGACAAUCCAAGGAUGGUCAAUGCCGUGCGUUUCUCCCUGAUUGAUAAAAAAGUAUUGCAGAGACUGCACGGCAGACUGAACCAGUGUCCACUGAAGGAUUCCGUUUCAGUUGCCUUGAGUUACCAUGAGCAGGAGAUCUGGCAACCCGUCUUGCAGAGUCCUCUAACCAAGCCAAGGUCCACCUUCCAUUGUAUAUUGGGCUUUGGGGGGAGGUUUACCUCUAUCUCCCACCCAGACAAGCACAAGAACUGGUUUCAGGUGUUCCACCCAAGCUGGGGGGAGUGGAGGACUGUCCCUGGAGCAGUCUCGCCCCAAAUGUGCAACCAGGGCAUCGCUGUGCUCAACAACUUUGUGUAUCUUGUUGGAGGAGACAAUAACACCAGUGGAUUUCGAGCAGAGACCCGCUGCUGGAGAUAUGAUCCGCAUCACAACAGCUGGUGCUCCAUUCAGCCUCUGCAGCAGCAGCAUGCUGACCACUGCGUGUGUGUGGUAGGCGACCAUAUUUAUGCUAUUGGAGGUCGGGACUAUAAGCAUGCACUGGACUCAGUGGAACGCUAUGACCCGCACACCAACAAGUGGGAAUUUGUAUCCCCUCUAAAAAGAGAGGUGUACGGCCACGCUGGAGCAGUGACGGGUGGCAAAAUAUAUAUCACCUGUGGCCGCCGAGGAUCGGCGUACCUCAGAGAGACCUACUGCUUUGACCCGGCGGCAAAUGACUGGGCAGCAUGUGCAGAGGGGCCAGUGGAGCGGGCGUGGCAUCGCAUGGCGGCUGUUAACGGACGCGUCUAUGUUAUUGGGGGAAGCAAUGAUGAGUGUGGACAUCUGCGUGAUGUCCUGAAAGUUGCAUGCUUUGUACCGUCAGCCAAUUCUUGGUCUUUGAUGACCCCUCUUCCCGGUGGACAUGAAGGACCUGGUGUAGCUGUGCUGGACAGUUGCAUCUACAUCCUGGGCGGACGCUCUAUUGACAGGGGCAACAGGGGGAAAUCCGUUCACGCGUACAACACCGAGGCAGACGAGUGGGAGAAUGAGGCAGAGUUCAAGGAGUGUGUCCUUGGAAUGGCAGCCUGCGUGGUGCUCAUGUCUCCUGCUGUGAUCGCCCAGGCCCGGGGCUGGGAGCAGCGCACCAAGGCCUCAUGGGUAGACUAGGAGGACUCUAGUGAGGACUAGUGAAGCAGCUGUGAUGAACCGAGUCUGUGGGCACUCGAGACUUUUGAUGCACUUUUUCUUUUUAAAUCAGCAUGUUAAAUCUGAAGUUCUUUCAGGAAAUUGUUGUAGCAAUGUUUAUGGCAGCACCAUGUUCUUUUUUGCAUGUUGACCACUUUGAGUGCCUCUGAAACAAAAUGUCAUUUGGGAUCUCUGCACACUUUUAGUCACCUCUCAAAUUUUAUCACACUGCGACCGUGAAUCCCUGCCUGAUC